AUUGUUAGCGUUUGUUGGGAGGCCAAAGUCUACAACACGAAAAACAUUUAACGACCAGCUCUCCUCGCCAAUUGCCACAUUGAGAUCGCCGCUACCCAGACCGCAAUUUGCCUUUGUCACGACACUUCACUACUUAACCAGCGGUGUGGAACGCCCCCUCGCCCGCCUCGCCAGCUUCUUUCUUCCCACACACCUCCAAAUCCCCUCACAACAACCGCAACCAUGGCUUACCGUCCCUCCAACAUUGGCAUCAAAGGCAUUGAGCUCUACUUCCCCAGCCAGUGCGUUGACCAGGCCGAGCUUGAGAAGUUCGAUGGCGUUUCGCAGGGGAAAUACACCAUUGGCCUCGGCCAGACAAAGAUGUCCUUCUGCGACGACCGCGAGGACAUCUACUCGCUCGCCCUGACCACCGUCUCCUCCCUUUUCAAGAAAUACAACAUCGAUCCCAAGUCCAUUGGCCGCUUGGAAGUGGGCACCGAGACCCUGCUCGACAAGUCCAAGUCGGUAAAAUCCGUGCUGAUGCAGCUGUUCGCGGAAUCAGGCAAUUUCAAUGUCGAGGGCGUUGACACGGUGAAUGCGUGCUAUGGCGGAACAAAUGCCCUGUUCAAUUCCGUCAAUUGGAUGGAAUCAUCCGGCUGGGACGGACGCGACGCCAUUGUCGUGGCAGGCGACAUCGCCCUUUACAAGAAGGGUAACGCCCGUCCGACUGGUGGAGCGGGCUGUGUGGCUAUGCUUAUUGGCCCUGACGCCCCAAUCGUCAUGGAGCCAGGGCAGCGCGGCUCUUACAUCACCCAUGCAUACGAUUUUUACAAGCCAGACUUGACCAGCGAGUACCCGAUUGUCGAUGGUCACUUCUCUAUCCGCUGCUACACUGAGGCCGUGGACGCAUGCUACAAGGCAUACAACAACCGCGAAGCUACUUUGAAAGCCCAAUUAAACGGAAGCGCGAACGCUAAUGGUGUCAAUGGCCAUGCCCAGGAACAGGAGACACCCCUAGACCGAUUCGACUACAUGUGCUUCCACGCCCCCACCUGCAAGCUCGUAUCCAAGUCAUAUGCACGCUUGCUUUACAAUGAUUACCUGGUCGACCCCAACAGCCCUGUUUUCGCCGAUGUUCCCCCUGAGCUUCACGAUCUUGAUUACGCUGCUUCAGUCACUGAUAAGACGGUGGAGAAGACUUUCAUGGCUCUCGCUAAGAAGCGAUUCGCUGCUCGCGUGCAGCCAGGCAUUCAGGUGCCUACUAUGUGCGGGAACAUGUACUGCGGCAGCGUUUACGGUAGCUUGUGCAGUUUGAUCGCCAAUGCCGACAGCCAGUCAAUGAUUGGAAAACGCAUCGGCAUGUUUAGCUAUGGGAGCGGCCUCGCUAGCUCUAUGUUCUCUUUCAAAGUCAAGGGAAGCGUUGAGGAGAUUCAAAAGAAGCUUGACAUCCACGCUCGCCUGGAUUCGAGGCUCACUGUUGCACCCGAGGUUUAUGAUGAGAUGUGCAACCUUCGCGAGAAGGCCCAUCUCAAGAAAGAUUAUACCCCAACCGGCAGCAUCGAGAACAUCUUCCCCGGUACAUACUAUCUCACUGAAAUUGAUAGCAUGUUCCGACGGAAAUACGAGAUCAAACAGUAGUCAACUGUUGACUCGAGGUACAGCUCACUUUACACUUUCGGUUCUCUCGUUUGCUGCAUUAUGAGCAUUUGCAGGAGUCACCUAUGAUUCGGCUUAGAGUCUCGUCAGCACUUCUAUACCUCUUUGUUGGGCGUUAGAUUUUGUCUCCCCAACUUGCUCUCGUCUCUCCAACGAGAAAGAUUCCGGGAGCUUGGGCACCGAUAACAGGGUCCACUGCUUAGAUGAGGGUUGCAACGGGUGUGUCGUAUUCCAGGAUACUAAUAAACGACGCACGUGGAUUCCUUGUGACAGCACCUCAGCGAUGUGCUGUCUUAAUGCAUAAUUCCAUGCGAAGUAUUUAGAAUAAAUAGAAUAAUUCAAU